GGGAGCUGGUGUGAUCAGGCGAGGAAGAGCAAGAUUCUGGAGAGGCUUGAGAUGGUUGUUGAGCAAUACACGCUGAAAGCUUGAUGUGAGGCUAUGGAGCCACUUCAGCUCACCUCAGCCGAUGGCACGACGAAAGACCCAACAUCUGCCCCAGAAAUUGAUGAUCCAAAAGUCAAAGCGACUAAAAGCGAGAAGUUGAAGCCUGCGUCCAAACUGCCUCAAUCGUCGCUGGAGAAGCCACUUGAACAGCGCUACUACUAUGGACAUCUCAAAGAUCUGGCAGUGACACUCAAGGGCGAUAUUGACGAAGUGGAAAAGUGGGUUACUUCGGAUGUUACCAUGGCAAUCGUCAGGCAAUGGAAGCUCGAUGCGUUCGACGUAGCCCCUGCGGCAGCAUAUCAGUUGAAAGAAUCUCAGUACUGUUUCAUCGAAUUCCUUUCGUCAUUAUGGGAGACUCGGUUCGUGUACAGGACGUCUAACAAGCCCUCCUCGCCGGAAUCUGAUGCUGGAAAGUUAUUGGUCAUGACAGCCUUGGCUUGUCAUCGCUUGCAUCGCAAGUAUCCCCGAAAGCUUCUCUGUGAGUCCAGCAUCCCGCGGACGUAUGGUCCCGUCUUCUUCAUUGCGCUCAAAGAGUUCAUCGGAUCCAAGAAUCGACGGUGGAUACGAAAUAUGAUCAAUGCAGUGGAGAAGAAACACAAGAAAAGGACUUUGGCGUCGGAGAUCUCAGAGUGCUGUGAUCCACUCGAGUAUGAGAUUGCUCAUAUACAUGCUUCUCCGAUGGUCAGCAUUGCAGACAAGCAGUCACAGACACACGAUACUCCUCAAUCGGUGCUAUCUGCACCUUCAACAGUUCUGAUGGCCAAGACAGACCCCAAUCCACCCGUUGACAACAUGAAUGACGAAAUGCAGCGGCCAAGCAAGCGCCAAAAGCUGUCCACCACAUCUGCCUCACUUGUGGAGACGUCGAAUGGCAAUCAUGAACCAGACGAAGACUGGAGCGCAAACGCCUGGACCGAGAUGUACAUGUCGAUCGAAAGUCUGAUAAGCGACCAAGCCCACGCGCGAGCGAAAGAGCGAUUUCGAAAUUCACAGCUCACGAUGCCAGCAGGUCCAGCAGCGUUUGUAAGAAGGGAUAGUGCCUGUGCUGUCACGGUGAUGAGACGGAGCGUCAAAGCAGGGGACUCCCGGAAGUCCAAGUCGGAGCUCAUGCGAGAGCUGACCGAAUCGAUCAUCGAGAAUGAGCAGAUGGAGGCGGAGAGGCGGGAUGCUAGGGCGGAGCUGGAGAAUGUGAAGGCGGCAUGGAGUUGCGCAGAGGUGAUGCUGAGUGCGGCGGAGGCUCAGAAGGUGAAGAGGGAUCUGGACUUGGGCUAUUUGGAGGAGAAGGUGGAUGUCUUGGGCAUCUUGAAUAAUACUCUCAGGGAGAAUUUGAGUGUCAAGGAAGAGGCUUGGAAGGGUGCUGAGGAGAGGGUGAAGGUUGAGAGGGCUGGGAGAAAGAGUGCUGAGGAUGCGUUGAGAGGUCUGCGUGAAGUAGUGUUUGCUAUGGGUGGAGAGUUGCAAAUGCUUGUGAAGCCAGGUAUCGCCGUGGAAGUGACCUCAGGAGAACGAGACUUAGGAGUAAUAAGCCCGCCAGUCACAUGAUGGAGAUUUCCAUAGAGUUUCUCGCGAUGAGGGCUGGAUGUUAGGUAUAACGGGAUGCUUGGUACUGGCCUAUGUCAGAUAUGAGUGACGGGGAAAGGAGGAAGGGGGGUUGGUCAUGUCGAUUUUUUCCAGUCAUCUCAAUCUCUCCCAUUUACCUGUUCUUCCC